ACAAGGGCCAUCAGCAGCGGUCUCCUCUCUGGAUAUCUGUGCGCCAUCACCUCCACAACGCGAGUGGUGUGUGUCUCGCAGACCCCUGCGUGUUCAGACACGGCAUGAGCCGGAUAUCCAGGGAGGGGCAGACAGUCGCAUGCGGGCAGGUGUCUCCCUGGUGAGAAUUUCCAUCUGCUUUAUUAUACGCGCUUCUGGCCCCAAGCAGCGCGUGUAUGGAAUGCGUGAUCUGCUGCUGUCACCAGAGGCGUCUGAAAUGACAGUCUCGAGCGCCACACAAACAACUGUGGGCGAGAGGGGCUGCAGAGCGCGAGGACACCAAUAGAACACCGCAGGCGGAGAGCAGGAGGGGUUCUGGGGAGCGUGCGACUUUCUAUUCCAUUCUAUCUCGGACUGGGAUUCUGUUUCCUCUUCCUCUUUACCAACGAUUAAUUAACGGAUUAUCACGCGAGGGGGACAAUGGAAGCCUCGGAGAAGACACUGAUUUACCACGAGGACUCAGAUCCCAUCAGGAAGCUGAUGACCAACACAUAUUUACGCACAGCCUCGAGCCAGGAGGACGGCGAGUACGUGGACAUGGACAUUAAUAAUUUACUGGAUGACAAGGCGGGAGACAUGAAAACAGUCAAAGUAACUUUUACUGGAGAGGGAAGUCAGCUGGGCAUUUACAAAAGCAGCAACGGCGACUCAUCCUCCUCGCCUUCGCCGAAAAAUGCGCCCGAGGAGAGAGGGGACCCCGAGAAUAAAUCAGGCGACCCCGCUGCCACCAUCGACAGUAAAUCUAUUAAUCAACAUGAAAGCUCGGGGGACGUCAGAGCUGUGGAGAGUGCCGCGUCAGGCACGUUUGAAACAGCCUCCUCCGAGGCUGACAAGUUUGUGGACUGCCUGGAGUCACCCGCUCAUAAGCCGGACGCCUGCGCCCAGACCCAGCCCCGGCCCCACACCGCGCCGCCGAACAUGGACACGGAGACCGCAGAGCCCGCAUGCCCAGCGGACAAGGACUUGCAGUACACCGACAUGAACCUGGGCAACAAGAGCGACUCGGAGGACGACGUGACCAUCGUGAUGUCCGGGAAGAGCACGCCCAAGAUCACCGGCGACGAGGAGUUCCACUACAUCACCACUCACGAGAUCCAGCUGUCCGAGUUGGACCACGACACGGACGGCGAGUUUGGCACGGGCUCCAGGUGCAGCUGGGACUUCGAGGACGACCACCGGAUUUACUCGUUUGUCGAUUACGAUAUCUCGUUUGAAAGCGACGAAGCGGCAGGGGAGGACGAGGCUGUGCCGGUUGGGCUAGACUCCACUGGCGACCCCGCCACAAUCAGCAGCAGUCAGCCUGAAAGCGAUCUGGGCGACACGGACAAGUGCGCCAGUUCCGACGAGAGCCUGUCAAGGAACCAAAUCGGCACUGCCGCUGCUGGGACCGGCUUGGGGCAGAUACACCUGUCAAUCAAAGCCACUUCCCGAGCUAUAAAUGACCCUAGCAACCCCGCUCACCAAAACCAAAACAUUCUUUGCCAUGCCUCGCAUACCGGAGACAUGGGUUUGGGGGAGACCGGCAAGUGUUACAUAGCAGUGCCCGGCCGAUUGCAUUUUGGCACCAAAUUGAGGGGCAAAUACGCGCACAGCUACUCCAGUGGCGCAUCCAGUGCGGUCAGCGAGCUGGACGACGCAGACAAGGAAGUGCGCAAUCUGACAGCCCGCUCAUUUAAGAGCCUGGCCUACCCUUAUUUUGAUGCCAUCAACUUCAGCACGUCUAGCGAGUCCUCUCUCUCCGAGCACGGACUGGGGCUAAACAGUUGGUCCACGUUCGUUAAGUAUGGCAACGUGAACGUGACAAAGGGAAGUGAUCCAACUCUGGGGCCCCAUAAAAGCACCUCAAAGUUCAGGCUGGCCAGGAGUAAGGACAGCAAAGGCAUCACCGGUUUCACUCUCACGAGCAUGAGGGCGCCCCCAGCCGAGGUGUUUGCACUCAACGGCAACCUGGUGGACCCCAAAAACGCGGCGGCAGCCCGCAAAAAAAUCGAGCUGAUGCAAAAAUUGGGACAGGCCAAAGGUGGGGUGAUAAGACUGAGGGAAACGCUGAAUUUUCGCUGCAACGUGCAACAGCAGGAGGGCGGUGGGACGUCGUCGGGAAGCAGCAGCGGCGAAAGGCGCGCGAAAUUUGCGCAAAAUGCAAUGGGAUCACGUUCCACGGAUGAGGUUACACACACCUUGCCAGGCGGGCAGGGGAGCGAGGCCAGCAAGCGAGCCUGCAAUGCGGGCGAAACCAUGGAAGGCACACACAAGAAAGCAAUAUUCGCCUCUAGCCUUCUGAAAAAUGUCAUUUCUAAGAAAAUGCAAUUUGAGCAGGAGCGCAAGAUGGAGAGGGGGGAGAUCUGCGAACAGUUCCACAGCUCGUCGCCCUGUUUCUCGGGCAGUGAGGGCGACUUUACCAGGGAGAAGCCUCCCCGCGGGGGCUUACAGAGGCAGGGCUCGAGGUACUCUGAGGCAGACUCCGAGUACACCCUCGUUUGUUUGGAUGAGCUCGCGGAGAUAGUGGACAGCAAUCCGAGCAAUGCCAAGGACGAAAGCGGCGGCCGAGAUGACACGGCGUUCAGUCUUGCAUCAGAAACGAAUUUAGAGUCGACAAAUGAAGCAGGAAUCGAUACUAAAAAAGGAGCAUUCGAAGCGUCCAAAAGCACGCUGCUUCGAAGCCAAAAUAGCGCGUUCAGAUCCUGGAGGGACGGCGAGCUAGAGUUUCAAAAGGAACAUAAAAACGCGAAAACGCCCGAGGGGACCGCGCCACCACCUAGCCAGCACAACCAGGGGGACAGACAGGCGCACGGCGACACCGGCAACAACAAGCUCACCAAAAUGUCACAUUUGUUCCUGCCAAGUAUACAGGUGGUGCCGAACGAGACGGAACCGGGCGGUGCGGCUCUGCCCAACACGAAUUACCCGUUAGGAGAGGGAGGAGGGCAAGGAGUGGGGGCGCGCACCGACACUACCCUCUAUGUCCCCGACAGCGGCAGGAGCGUGGGCACUUCAAAGUCACCCGAAAUCAAGAUAAGUUUGCGCAGCGUCAAAGACAGCAAAAUCGACCCGUUCAACAUCGCCAAGCUGUUUACGCCCAAUAUAGGCGGCAACGCCGUCAGCCUUAUCAAGACAUCCGAUGACUCCAAAUGCCAAGCGCUCGCCGCGGUGCUAAAGGGCGAGGCGUCCGACAAAGUGCCCCACUUCACGGUCAGAGACAUACGAGACAACAAGGGCAAGCUGCAGACUCCCAUACACCAGGUCAGAGACGUGCGCAAACUGGUCAAAAGUUCAUAUCACUUUGUUUCUUUGGAUAACAACGAGGGCAGGUCUGUCGCAACGGGCUCUGAUCUAAACUCAGAGCAGAAGGCAUUCAAACAGGGUGCGUAUCGGAAUCCCGCGUCUCUCUCCCCCAUAGUCAUUAAAUGUCAGUCUGUGAAUACAAAUAGCAAUGUCAAGCAAUCGGGAAAUUUAAUAGACGUGUCUAAACGCAGACUUGGAGAGGAUUUACAGGACCUGGACAGGUCGUCCCCAUCCCUGCCGCCAGAGGGCGCCAGGAACGGCACAACGCCUGUACAGAGGCCCAACAGCAGACCUUACUCUGUCAACUCCAAGCCAGCCAAGGGGGAAGCGCCUGACGCAGCCGGCGCGGGCCUGAAGGUCGAGGCGAAGACCGCAGCGGCGAGCGGCAAGAGGCCAGACAAGAGCGGCGGCGAGGGCGUCAGCAUCAGCAGCGGCGGCGGCGGCGAGAAGAAGGCGGAGUCUAAGAUGGCCAAUCAGGACGCGCUGGCCAAGCUGCAGGCGGCGGUCAAGACGAUGGAGCAGCUGUACGUGUUCGACCGCAACGAGUGGAAGAGGAGGGCGGACCCGCACCCGCAUCUCGUCGACAGCCACGUGCUGUCCCUCAUCUCCAGGGAGGAGCACAGCCCCGGAGCAGAGGAUGCUGGGAGUUCAGCUGCCACCGCUGCCGUGGUAACCGGGGUCGCCAUGCCAACCACCAGCAGCAUCAGCAGUGGUGGUGGUGUGGAGAAGGUGGUGAGGAGGGACUCGUACUCCAACUCCGAACGCAGCACGGCAGCGAUAGCGGCGGCAGCAGCCGUGGCAAACAUGCAGAGCAGGGAAGCGGAGAGGAACGGGCCCAAGACCCCCACCCUGCCCGUGGGCAAACCCUCGCCUGCCAGCGCCACCACCACCGCCGCCCUUGCUGGAGGAGCUGGGGGUCAAAAGGUCACGGCCCCCGUCCCCACAGUGACCAGUGCCGUACGCGCCCCCCAGACGCCCUCAAACCCCUCCACAGUCCCCUCCUGCUACACCCCCAAGGCCUUCACGCCGGUCUCCCCCAAACUGCCCGUGUCCUUCAAGAUCUCCCAGGCGGCCCAGCGCCGUCACUCGGAGGAGCGGGAGAGGGAGCGGGAGAGGGAGCGGGCCAAUGAGAGCGGAGAGAGGCCUCGGGAGCGAGCCAAUGAGGUCGCAGGAGGAGGAGCAGGAGAGAGGCACCUGGGAGGGCCGCCCACGUCCUUCGCCAGCGCGGUGGCCGAGUCGGAGAACUACCUCACCAUCCCCGUCAAGCCCCACGCCAAGCCGGCCAUAGCCCUCGGCAACAGCGGAACCAGUGGCGGGGGAGGUGGAGGUGGAGGUGGAGGGGGAGGAGGAGGUGGGCGAGAGAAGAUGUCCGUCUACACCUUCAGCCAUCCUCACUCCACCACCAGCCCACCCUCAUCACACCUCCUCUCGCACGGGGUCUCCCGCCGACACCUCGAGGGGCGCCAGUCCCCCACCCGCCCCACCCCCAACGCCCCUGUCCCUGCCGCCCGCACCAUUGUCAUGGAGACGCGUGCCCAGGACACACCCACGGCGACCAUCUACCACCACUCGCUGCCCACCAUCAUGCCCAGCGCCCAGCCCCAGGUCAUCUGCUUCUCCCCGCCCGUCAUGUCCGCUGCCCACCCCGUCACGCCCGUGUCCAUGCCCGUGCAGCUGGACGCCUUCGGCGGGCACCACACGCAGCGCAAGAUGCUGCUGGACCCCAGCACGGGUAGCUAUUACCUGGUGGACACCCCUGUGGCGCCCCCGCCCACCACGCGCCGCCUCUUCGACCCCGAGACGGGCCAGUACGUGGACGUGCCCCACAGCGCCAUGCCGCAGCAGUCCGUCACCCCGGUGCCCAUCAGCACGUUGCCCUCCAUGGCCCUCAGCCCCCCCGCCGCCUUCGCGCCCAUGGCCAACAUGAACAUGCCCUUCAUGUUCUACCCCAGCUUCCUGACCGCCACCCCCUCGCCCACGCUCAUCCCCGGCCGCCUGCCCUCCCAGAUCUCCCUGCACGGCGGGAGCAGCGACGGAGGAGCCGGGGAGGAGAGGGAGAGGGACGCGGUCACCGGCAAGGUCACCAUGGGCGGAGGGUUAGGAGGAGGAGGAGGAGGAGGAGGAGGAGGAGGACAGCAUCAGCAGGGAGGAGGAGAGGGGGUGUACAUGGAGAGCCCUUACUACCUGGCAACGGGGAUGAGAGGAGGAGGAGGAGGAGGUGCACAGCAUCAGCAGGGAGGAGGAGGAGGAGGAGGUGGAGGGGGUACGAGGGUGGUGGGAGGGGGCGGUAAGCAGCCGGUGAUCAGCAUUACGUCUCAGCAGGGCCCGCGCAUCAUCGCUCCACCCUCCUUCGACGGCACCACCAUGAGCUUUGUGGUGGAGCACCGGUGAGGCGCCCAACCACAGGAGAGCCCUGUUGAGCAAGCUCCACCCCCUCCCCCCCAACCGAUAACCCUGACCUCAGCAUCCUCCAAUUGGACAAUCCAGUGUGACGGAAUCCCGCCCCCAUCUCAUUUCCACCAAUCAGAGGUCCAUGGUCAUCAGCUCACCCCCCGAGCCUCACUACUCUCACAUCAUUUCCUAUCUUUUCUUCUCUCACCUUUUCCUUUCUUCUCACCAAUUCCUUCUUUCAUUUCUCUCACUCUUACUUUGUCUACCUUUAUUUGCUGACCUUUAUUUUAGCUUUUUAUUUUAUGUUUUUUCUUUUUUUCAAUAUUUUGUUUAUUUUGUUUGAGUUUUGAUUUACUGUCUACAAAAGUCCUUGUGAAACCUGCACUAAAUGUGUUUCAGUCAGGCACAUGUUUGGUCAUAGGCCUACAGAAUGUUAGAAACAUCCAGAGUAUGUGGUCAAGAUGCUAAGUUCCUUCAUGCCCUGCCCCAACGGAAACAAGUAAGCGUCAUGCCACUAACCCCAGUUGUAUGUGCUAGUAAAGAGACAGCAUAGCCUAGUCCAUUAUGGUGCUUUGUUACAUAUGUGCCUACUAUUGUGCUAAUCAGCAUCAGGUUAACAGUCUCUUUUUAGCUGGUUUAGUUUAUAUUGGGAACACUGAACUGACGGUACAUCAGUACCAGGUGUCCCUGUUAAAGUGCCUUCACACAGAGCCAAAGUGGUUUAGGUUUGCUGGUGACAGUGACUUCUGUCUGCAUGGGUAGAGCCUUAUGGGAUAGUAUGUGGCGUAUCCCAGGUGUGCUAAUUAAGCUAAUUGUGUUUGGUUGGCCACACGAACUACAGUAAAUGUGGCAAGCAAGGCACAUAGAUAUAAGAACACUAGAUGCUGCGUUCAGCCAUUUGGCAUGGUUCAACCUUGGGCGCUGCCAUCUUGGUCUGGUAACCAAUGUUUUUCACAGAUUAUUUUUCUUUUAUCGUCUUGUUGCCGAUUGAUGGCAGCGCUAACAUGGAGGUGAACUGACAUGGGCCAUUUAUUCCAAUACAAAGGAGGGGCCAACACGGCAUCUAGUGUUCAACAGUACAUCUACGAGCAAGGCACAGUCAUGUUAUUCUAGUCACCAGGUGCCUUCAAUGCGCUAGUAUGCUAUAUGAUUGAUCCCAUCAGCUUUCUCUCCUCCAGAGUUGCCACUCCUUUAAGAUGUUCUUAUAUGUUGUAUGUAUGUAUGUAAAUCCUUUUAUUUUGUAGAACCCUAUUGUAUACACAGUACACUCUACUCUUUGUGUAGUGGCCAUGUGCUGUGUCUUUUAAGUAGCCUACAGCGCUGUUGUAUGCUAUCAAGUAUAACAGGAUCUCCAAGUUUUGCUGGUGUAACGUAGCCAACACAUAGCAAACAACAAUGGUUAGCACUGUGCUAGAUCCAUCUGCCUGAAGGAUGGACAAGGAGGAAAGGGGGAAUACUUGGGUAUAUGACCCGAGUAGCUACUCACCCAGGAGUGCAGCACUGGUGCAUCAUGGGAUGGGGCUCAUAGGGACAGCGAUUUCUCUAGACCCACCCAACGAAGAGAAAUUAUAGCCUACGUCAUCACCAGCAACUAUAUACGGAGAAAACACUGUUCUAGAAUAUAAUUUAAAGAUGUUCUGUUCUAAAGUGUUAUUGUUCUAUAGACCUUUCUGUUGUUGGGUAAACAGUGGCCAACUGUUGAUGAGAUUUGGAUGAAGUAUGAGGCUUGGAUGAGUGGAAUUAGUCAGUCAGAGUUUAUCGGCAGACCUUAACACCUGGCACAGUGUGGCUAACCUGACAGGGAUUUCUUCUGACUAUAGAGCUGUCAGUCAGUCCUCAGUAGACAUGUGCCUUAGACUCGGUUUCGUCGCUGCUAUUAGUAGUAGUCAUGCUAUUAGAAAUAGCAUUACCAUUCAGGACUUUGUAAUGCACAUUGGUAGCCUACUCAAUAUACUCUACUGUGCCUUGUGUUUGUACAUAUAGGAACUUACAAACGAGUUAGCUUCCCAAAUAACAAAGCGUUUAAUAUUAACUCAUGUUUAAACAGGGCUUUAAUACUGUUAACAAUCUCAGAAUAUAUACAGAUUUCUUUCAUUAUUUGUUAACAAUACAACCCUUGAAAUGACCUCAACCUUUUUCAAAUACAACUGUAGGCUACUAACUCAUAAGUGUCAAAUGUAGGCCUAAUUUAAAUCAGCAUUUCAAUUAAGCGCAGGACACUAUUGUGGUUCGUUAAGGGCAGGUAGACCUACUGAAGGUCUAUUAUAUCUUACAAAUAUGAAGUUAUAAAUGAGCUCCUGUGUGCCUGUGCCAUGUGCCCUGAUUUGGAAUCUUCAUACUGUAAAGUGUGACCACAUGUGACUGGAAAAAGUAGACACUUUUUUGGCUUUUCUUUUGAGGUAAUUCAAAAAUUAUUGUGUAUUCUUGAAUCAAUUUUCAUACCACACAACACAUGCAGUGUGUAUUGCUGUUUGUUUCUUUGGUAACACUUUACUCGACACCGGCGACAUACGUCUGACAUGACAGUGUCAUAACAGUGUCGUAACACAGUCAUGCAUGUGUCAAAGUCAUAAACAUUUGAAGAGUUCAGAUGAAAACCCCCUAACUCUAUUUCUGAAGACCUGCACGUCUAUAUUUUUAGAGAACCCAGUUAUUGGUUUGGUUUACAUUCAUGUAUUUGAUAAUACAUAUAAAUAGUUAUAUUACAUAAAUAAAAUCAAAAAAGAUAUGCAAUUUUGAUAGCUUUGUAUUUAAUAAAAAAGAAUUAAGAUUAUUUUCUGAAAAGGCACUUAAGGGGUUUUGCAUCUGAACUCUUCAUUUUGUCAUGAAGUGACAUUUUGUUAUUGUUAUGCUGUGUAUGACUUUGAUAUAAUGUUUUAUGACUCGUCCAUGACAGUGUCAUGAC